GGAGGGCGCUCCUGAGAAGGUGGUCUGACUCUGAAGAGCGAGGGGAGCGGAGGGGGUCUCCUCCAGCGAGGCUGGAGCACAGCGCCGGCGGCCAGCUCGGGCCAGGCGCGGGGCUCCGGGCGGCUGGCUGGGAGCCGCCGGCGCGCUCCGCCCCUACCCUUCGCUCCCCACCCCCGGGCACGGCGCCGCGGGGAAGGGGGGACUCGGGCAGGCGGGGGCCGCGGCGGCCACGCGAGGGGCUGCGGCAGCGGCCGUGAUGGCGGGCGGUGGCGGGGCCAGGCGCGGGGCCUGGGCCGCGGCCGGGGAGAGGGUCAGCGGCCCCGAGCCCUAAGGCGCCGCCCGGCCCAACUCACCAUGAACGUCGCGCUGCAGGAGCUGGGCAGCGGCGGCAACAUGGUGGAGUACAAACGCGCCACGCUUCGGGAUGAAGACGCACCCGAGACCCCCGUAGAGGGCGGGGCCUCCCCGGACACCGUGGAGGUGGGCAAGGGGGUUCCCCCUUUCUCACCAGGCCCCAGCCCUGGCAUGACGCCUGGCACACCCAGGAGCUCUGGGCUGUUCCGAAGGGUCACCUGCCCCCAUCUCCGCUCCAUCUCUGGCCUCUGCGCUAGGACUAUGGUGGGAUUCCGGAAGGGGACAAGACAACUUUUAGGCUUGCACACCCAGCUGGAGCUGAUCUUGGCAGGUGUCUCUUUACUGCUGGCUGCACUGCUUCUGGGCUGCCUGGUGGCCCUGGGGGUCCAGUACCAUAGAGACCCAACCCAUAGCACCUGCCUCACAGAGGCCUGCAUUCGAGUGGCUGGAAAAAUCCUGGAGUCCCUAGACCGUGGGGUGAGCCCCUGUGAGGACUUUUACCAGUUCUCCUGUGGUGGCUGGAUUCGGCGGAACCCUCUGCCAGAUGGGCGUUCCCGCUGGAACACCUUCAAUAGCCUCUGGGACCAGAACCAAGCCAUACUGAAGCACCUGCUUGAGAACACCACCUUCAACUCCAGCAGUGAAGCUGAGCGGAAGACGCAGCGCUUCUACCUGUCCUGCCUACAGGUGGAGCGCAUUGAGGAGCUGGGAGCUCAGCCACUGCGAGACCUCAUUGACAAGAUUGGUGGUUGGAAUAUUACGGGACCAUGGGACCAGGACAACUUCAUGGAGGUGCUAAAGGCAGUAGCAGGGACCUACAGGGCCACCCCAUUCUUCACCGUCUACGUCAGUGCUGACUCUAAGAGUUCCAACAGCAAUGUCAUCCAGGUGGACCAAUCUGGGCUCUUUCUGCCCUCUCGAGAUUACUACUUAAACAGAACUGCCAAUGAGAAAGUACUCACUGCCUACCUGGACUACAUGGAGGAGCUGGGGAUACUACUGGGUGGACAGCCAACCUCCACCCGGGAACAAAUGCAGCAGGUGCUGGAGCUGGAGACACAACUGGCCAACAUCACAGUACCCCAGGACCAGCGGCGGGAUGAGGAGAAGAUCUAUCACAAGAUGAGCAUCUCAGAUCUGCAGACUCUGGCACCCUCCAUGGACUGGCUCGAGUUCCUGUCUUUCUUGCUGUCACCAUUGGAGUUGGGUGACUCUGAGCCUGUGGUGGUGUAUGGGACAGAUUAUUUGCAGCAGGUGUCAGAACUCAUCAACCGCACCGAACCAAGCAUCCUGAACAAUUACCUGAUCUGGAACCUGGUGCAAAAGACGUCCUCGAGCCUAGACCGGCGCUUUGAGUCUGCACAGGAGAAGCUGCUGGAGACCCUCUAUGGCACCAAGAAGUCCUGCACACCACGAUGGCAGACCUGCAUCUCCAACACAGAUGAUGCCCUUGGCUUUGCUUUGGGAUCCCUCUUUGUGAAGGCCACGUUUGAUCGACAAAGCAAGGAAAUUGCAGAGGGGAUGAUCAGCGAAAUCCGUUCUGCAUUUGAGGAAGCUCUGGGACAGCUGGUUUGGAUGGAUGAGAAGACCCGGCAGGCAGCCAAGGAGAAAGCAGAUGCCAUCUAUGAUAUGAUUGGUUUCCCGGACUUUAUCCUGGAGCCCAAAGAGCUGGAUGAUGUUUAUGAUGGGUAUGAAGUCUCUGAAGAUUCUUUCUUCCAAAACAUGUUGAAUUUGUACAACUUCUCUGCUAAGGUGAUGGCUGAUCAGCUCCGCAAGGCUCCCAGCCGUGACCAGUGGAGCAUGACCCCUCAGACGGUGAAUGCCUAUUACCUUCCAACCAAGAAUGAAAUUGUCUUCCCUGCUGGUAUUCUGCAGGCCCCUUUCUAUGCCCGCAACCACCCCAAGGCCCUGAACUUUGGUGGUAUUGGCGUAGUCAUGGGUCAUGAGUUGACACAUGCUUUUGAUGACCAAGGGCGUGAGUAUGACAAAGAAGGGAAUCUGCGACCCUGGUGGCAGAAUGAGUCACUGGCAGCCUUCCGGAAUCACACGGCCUGCAUGGAGGAACAGUAUAACCAGUACCAGGUCAAUGGGGAGAGGCUCAAUGGCCGCCAGACACUGGGAGAGAACAUCGCUGACAAUGGGGGGCUUAAGGCUGCCUACAACGCUUACAAAGCGUGGCUCAGGAAGCAUGGGGAGGAGCAGCAACUGCCAGCUGUGGGGCUCACCAAUCACCAGCUCUUCUUUGUGGGAUUUGCCCAGGUGUGGUGCUCGGUCCGCACACCAGAGAGCUCUCACGAGGGGCUGGUGACCGACCCCCACAGCCCUGCCCGCUUCCGCGUGCUGGGCACUCUCUCCAACUCCCGUGACUUCCUGCGGCACUUCGGCUGCCCUGUCGGUUCCUCCAUGAACCCGGGGCAGCUGUGUGAGGUGUGGUAGACCUGGGUUGGGGAAAAAAAUGGCUGGCCAUUGCCAGGGCCUGGGGCUCCCAAGUUAGGAGAAAGCAAAUGCAAGCUGGACUGGGUCCAGCCCCUCCACCCUACAGGUGACAUAAGUCUAGUCCCCCUUGAGUACCACAUCGUGCCUCUGCUUUGGGGGUGCCCUUUCCUCCAGCAGAGCCCCCACCAUUCACUGUGACAUUCUUCUGUGUCACCCUGCCUUGAGGAGGUGUGGGCAGAGGAUCCAGUUCCCAUAGAAAGGAGUCUUUGGCCCCAAGCUCACUCAGCCUGGGGGCUAUGGGGCCUGCUGUGUUUGCCCCAUUCUGAUCCACAGAGCCUGGGGCUGUGCCUCCCAGGCUUCUCUCCAGGCCUACUCAGUGCCCAAGUGGAAAUGGGCUCAGCUCCCUUCUGACCUGCCCUCAGAGGCCACCCCCACCCCAUGCUCCUUGUGCUGAUGCUCCCAGUACUGCUGCCCACCCUCACCAAGAGAUCUACUAUGCUCAGUUCUUAGUGGAAGCCCAAGGGCCUUUAAAAGCCUCCCUGCUGCCUCAUUUCCCUGUCUGUGAGGGAAAGUGUGUAUGUGUAGGGGUGCCAAUUCCUGUGUUUUAGAGUGCAAGUCUUAGAGGGUGACUAAUUCUCCCUGGACUAAACAGGAAAGCAAGAAAGAACAGGGAGAGGGAAGGACAGAGUUUAUUUUUACAGGAAAGAGGGUGGGGAGGGUAUGGUCUUGGCCCUGUAGGACCCUGUGCCAAUAAAUAGACCACACCAGUCAGCCUGUCUCUUUCUUCAGUCCUGUUUUCAUUUAUCCAUUUACUCAUUCCACCAGUAUUUAUUGAGCAACUGCUAU